GAAAUGCCCGGAUUCGAAAGAUCUCUUUCCUUUCCCAACCUGGAAUUAAUAAAGAAAGGACAAGACCACAGAUCCCCCGCCGGCCCGUCUUUCUGUUCCGACACUUUUUUUUUUUUUUUGCAAGAAGAUGUUUGAGAACAGAGCUCAGUGUCAUCGUCAUUUUUUUGGUUGAACAGUGUCAUCGUCUUCUUCCUCCAUCAGUCAUCCAACUGCUCCUUCUGCUUCUACGUUUCCGGUGACUUCCUUCCUCCUCCUCCGGCGAUAUCCACUCUCCUCUCGCUCUUUCCACUCCCUUGCUUUAUCAAUUUUGCCAACGUCUUCUCCUUUCGUUGUCGGGUUUUUGAUGUAAGGAGGAAGGUCGAAUCAAAUUGGCUCGCCCCCACGACAUGGACAGGGAAAAGGACGAGAGUCCGAUGCUGUCCGGAGAGGCGUACAGGGCAUCCACUUACAGGACACGUAGCGUCUCCCUCUCCAAUCCUCUCGCUCCCGACGUAAUGCCUCGCUUUACGGGUCAUGUCCGAACCCACCGCGGACCCACUUCCUCCUCCCAAAUGAGUCAGAGCUGCCCGCUUUAUUCUUCUUCUGCUGAUCCCAAGCCCCACCCUCCUUCUUCCUCCUCCUCCUCUUCUUCGUCUUCAUCAUCUUAUUCUUUUUCUUCUUCUCUUUCUCAUUCUUUCACAGCGGAAAACAACAACAAUUCCUCUCUAUCCGAUUACAAGAAUGCCCAUCUCUUCAGGUCUGGUCAACUGGGCAUGUGCAAUGAUCCGUACUGCACUGUCUGCCCCUCCUACUACGCUCGCAGAUCCCCUCGCCAUCAACCUUCCAGAGCAGUAUUCCCACCACUGUUCCGCAAUGCUCUCUACGAUGACGCCAAAGGCUGGGUGACACGAUUUCUCAGCUUUCUCAAUCGGCAUAUCCCCGGAGUCAUGAACCCUCAUGCCAAAAUCGUUCAACGCUGGACCAAGUUUUUCGCCGUCUCUUGCCUGUUGUCCAUUUUUAUAGACCCCCUUUUCUUCUUCCUGAUAUUAGUCCAACAGGCCGACAAAUGCAUUGUGAUCGAUUGGGGAACAACUAAGGCUUUGGUCACUGUUAGGAAUAUAACGGAUUUCAUACACUUUCUCAACAUCCUUCUUCAGUUUCGAUUGGCAUACAUAGCUCCCGAGUCCAGAGUAGUCGGGGCUGGAGAGUUAGUCGAUCACCCGAAAGCAAUCGCUCUCAAUUACUUGCGAGGAAAGUUCUUCCUCGACCUGUUUGUAAUGAUACCUCUUCCUCAGAUUUUGAUACUGCGGGUGAUACCCGACCAUCUAGGCACGUCCGGAGCAAACGGCGCGAAAAACCUUUUACGGGCUGCUGUCCUUUUUCAGUACAUUCCAAAGUUGUACAGGUUUUUGCCUCUGCUUGCUGGACAAACUCCUACCGGAUUCAUAUUCGAGUCAGCAUGGGCUAAUUUCAUUAUCAAUCUUCUCACCUUCAUGCUGGCUGGUCAUGUUGUCGGCUCUUGCUGGUAUCUUUUUGGCCUGCAGAGGGUUAACCAAUGCCUACGAGAUGCUUGUCGGAGCACUGAGCGCGACUGUACAACUCUGAUAGAUUGUGGGCGUGGAAAUAACAAUGAGAUGGUGAAGUUGGCGAGAAGUUUAUGGCGUAACGAUUCAAAUGCCGUUGCCUGCUUCCAAGAAGAUGGUUUUCCUUAUGGAAUCUAUGAAAAGGCCGUCAGUCUUACCAAUGAGGCCAGCCUCUCCACAAGAUACAUUUACUCCUUGUUUUGGGGUUUUCAGCAAAUCAGCACACUUGCUGGGAACCUAGUUCCGAGUUACUUUGUGUGGGAGGUCCUCUUUACAAUGGGGAUCAUCGGGUUGGGGCUAUUGCUGUUUGCUAUUCUGAUUGGCAAUAUGCAAAACUUCCUUCAAGCUCUCGGCCGAAGGAGGAUGGAAAUGACGCUGAGAAGACGUGACGUGGAGCAAUGGAUGAGAAACAGACGGUUGCCAGAGGAUUUAAGAAAGUACGAUGAGCAGAGGCAGAUGCCAUUUACCGGGCCUGCCACUAGAGGAGUCAAUGAAGAGAUGCUCUUUGAGAAUUUGCCCGACGACCUCCAGAGGGAUAUACGGCGGCACCUCUUCAAGUUUCUCAAGAAGGUGAGGAUAUUUUCGUUGAUGGACGAGCCGAUACUAGAUGCAAUAAGAGAGAGGCUGAGGCAGAGGACGUACAUAAGGGGCAGCAAUGUGCUGCACAGAGGGGGACUGGUGGAGAAGAUGGUGUUUAUAGUGCGAGGAGAAAUGGAGAGCGUCGGGGAAGACGGCUCCAUCCUUCCAUUGUCGGAGGGCGGCGUCUGCGGCGAGGAGCUCCUCACCUGGUGCCUCGAACGCACCACCGGCAUUUCAGAGGGGACAAAGAUGAGGAUACCGACAAAGGGGUAUAUGAGCAGCAGGAAGGUAACAUGCGUGACCAACGUGGAGGCCUUCUCACUCGGGGUGGCUGACCUUGAAGACUUGACCACCUUGUUCUCCCGAUUCCUCAGGAACCAUCGUAUCCUUGGCGCCAUCAGGUACGAGUCUCCGUAUUGGAGACUACGAGCUGCUAUUCAGAUUCAAGUAGCGUGGCGAUACAGAAAGAGACGGCGGCUUCGGCGGAAGAUAGAGAGACGACCAAUGAGUGCUGCUCAGUAAGGCAGCUUAUAUGGAGACUCUUGCAAGAUAAAGAUUUAAUGAUACAUGUUUUUGCCAAUUGUUUUUUAUAUAUAUAAAUAAUUGUUCUACAAGGUGUUUUUAUAAACUCAAUA